AAAAUGGAUGCCUGCUCCAAGUUCAUCUCUACCAGCUCCCUGAUGAGGAGCACCUCUCAGCUGCUGAGUCGUCUGCUGUCUGUAGUGGAGUUGAAGUCACCACAGAUGCCAACAGAUGAGAGCCUCAGCAGCUUGGCCUGGUGGCCUGUGACCUCACUUAUCCCUAGCUGCAACUUCCAAACCAGUGCCAUUUCAAGGGACAUUGAUACAGCUGCCAAGUUCACUGGAGCUGGGGCUUCGACAGUUGGGGUGGAUGGCCCUGGGGCAGGGAUUGGAACUGUUUUGGGGAGUCUCAUUGGCUAUGCCAGGAACCCUUCUCUGAAGCAACAACUCUUCUUCUAUGCAAUUCUGGGCUUUGCCAUCUCAGAGGACAUGGGGCUCUUUUGUCUAAUGGUGACCUUUCUCAUCCUCUUCGACAUGUAA